GCUGAAGACGAUAGAGGAGCGCGAGGCGAGGAGGACAACAUCUCGGGGAAAAAAAACAAGGACAAGAAAUUUACCUCCAAUAAACAUGUUGGAUUCGCUCACAUUACUCCUGGAAAAAGUACUCUUCCUCACUCACCUCAAUGUCUUCAAUCAGUUCAGGACCGGUCUGUUUUUUUCCGACACACAGAGAGAGAGGGAGAAGAAGAUAGUUACAAAUCACUGCGAGAAAGAGGAGGUCCCCGAUCCCUCCGCCUGCACCGCACUCACAGACUCCCUGUACCAGCGGGGAGACUUGUUAGAAGUUCCCCGGACUCUAUUCACUCAUUUCGGCAUCUAUUUAGGGGACAACCGGGUGGCACAUCUGAUUCCGGAUAUCUUGCCACUCUUUACAACGGACAAGCUUUCCAUUCAGGUGAUGGUAACUAACAAACGCUUAGUUCUUGGCGUUCUAUCCAAGAGCGCCAGCAUCCGGGUGGAUAGCGUUGAGGACUUUGCCUACGGCGCGUCAAUUCUACUGAACGCUAUGGACACUACCGUGCAGAAACGACCGUUGGAUGGCGAAGAGAUUGCCAGGAGAGCGGAGGAAAUGGUUGGGAAGAUACCGUACAGUUUACUGUGGAAUAACUGUGAACAUUUCGUUACUUACUGCCGGUACGGCAGCGCAAUCAGCAUUCAGACAGACAAGUUCUGUGAUUGGCUGAAAUCUGUCAUCCGGGAUCAUAGGAGUGUUCCGCUGACGGCGAUCCUGGGAAUUCUGUCUAUUCUCAGUCUGGGAAUGUCCCCUUACACCACGCUUCCCACCCUCCUCAUCCCCUUCACCCUCUGGAUGGCAGGCUGAUACCUGGGAAUUCUGUCUUUUCUCAGUCUGGGAAUGUCCCCCUUACACCACGCUUCCCACCCUCCUCAUCCCCUUCACCCUCUGGAUGGCAGGCUGAUACCUGGGAAUUCUGUCUAUUCUCAGUCUGGGAAUGUCCCCCUUACACCACGCUUCCCACCCUCCUCAUCCCCUUCACCCUCUGGAUGGCAGGCUGAUACCUGGGAAUUCUGUCUUUUCUCAGUCUGGGAAUGUCCCCUUACACCACGCUUCCCACCCUCCUCAUCCCCUUCACCCUCUGGAUGGCAGGCUGAUACCUGGGA